AUGCCGAUGAAGGGCCGGUUCCCCAUCCGACGCACGCUGCAGUACCUCAGCCAGGGCGACGUCAUCUUCAAGAGCUCGGUGAAGGUGAUGACCGUCAACUACAACACGGCAGGGGAGCUCAGCGAGGGAGCCAGGAAGUUUGUGUUCUUCAACAUCCCUCAGAUCCAGUACAAGAACCCCUGGGUGCAGAUCAUGCUGUUCAAGAACAUGACCCCUUCGCCCUUCCUCCGCUUCUACCUGGACAACGGAGAACAAGUUUUGGUCGACGUGGAAGAUAAAACCAACAAAGAGAUAACAGAGCACAUUAAAAAAAUCCUGGGGAAAAGCAAAGAAACACUUGAAAAAGAGGAAAGAGAAAGGAGAAAACUAUCACAUCCAGCAACUUUUGGGCCCAAGAAGUACCAUCUGCGAGAAUGCAUCUGUGAAGUUGAAGGCCAAAUUCCUUGCCCUGCUGUUGUGCCACUGCCCAAAGAGAUGAGGGGAAAAUACAAAGCAGCUGUGAAAGAUGAAGCGUCAGCCUGACACCUCAGGUCAGUCACCUGGCUUUGCUCAGCACAGGAUGAUCAAGGUGCUUCAGUGAGAGACAAGAGCUAACAGGUUCUGGAGACUCAGGCAAGUUGGUGUCAGGCAGAUAACCUUCUCGCCUAAGUCUUCUUACAGCUACAACCAGAAUAAUUGAAGUGACAAAUAAAUAAGUUUAAAAAAUCA